GUUUAAAGAUACUGAUACUGUAAAACUGAAUUGCUAUGUGGGGCCACCUCAUCAAUGCAAAACAGCAGACUGGGAUCUGUUGAUGACAAUAAAACUUAACACAUAGAAAUUGGCUAUUUGUAUAUAAAUUUUGAAACAAUUUAUUUUGUGGUAUAGUAACAAAUAUGCAUCUCUUUAAGUUUAUGAGUUUAGUACUAUGUGUGGUUUCGCAUGUAAACGGUAUUAUGUGGAAACUGAAACCGAAUACACAAAAAUGUUUGCGUGAAGAACUACAAUCUAAUGUAUUAGUUACUGGUGAUUAUGAAGUUUCAGAAGCGCCUGCACAGCAAGUGGACUAUGUGGUUAGAGAAUCAAAGGGGCACAUUUUGUCUCAGAAAGAUGACAUUUCAAAGGGAAAAUUUUCAUUUGUGACAGAGAUAUAUGAUAUGUUUGAAAUAUGCUUUAUUUCACGAGUGCCACCAAAUCAUCGGGGUGUGGAGCAAGAAGUACUUCUAAAUAUAAAAAGAGGAAUUGAAGCUAAAAGCUAUGAAGGUUUAGGUGAAGCUGCUAAAUUGAAGCCUUUAGAGGUCGAAUUAAAACGUUUGGAAGAUCUAUCUGAUGCAAUUGUGCAAGAUUUUUCACAUAUGCGUACGGAAGAAGAAAUGAGAGAUACUAAUGAAUCAACAAAUUCUAGAGUUUUAUUCUUCAGCAUUUUCAGCAUGUGCUGUUUAUUAGGGUUGGCAACUUGGCAAGUCCUGUAUUUAAGGAGAUACUUUAAAGCUAAGAAAUUAAUAGAAUAAGUUAUAUUUCAUGUGAAUAUAUACAAAUAUCAUUCAUAUAUGUUGUAAUAUUGUAUUUCAUUGUUUAUUUGGUAGCUCAAAAACCACAUACACAUUCAUUCUUUUCUGCUAUCCUAAUACAAAGCUACAAUUUUUUGUUUACAGAUGUUCUUGUUAAUGUAAGGUCAAAUAAAAAUUAAAAUAUAUUUAUUAACAGGCAAAU